AUGUCCUCUACGAAGCGCGUCGUCGUCGUGGUCUGCGGCUGGAUGGGCGGCUCGCGGCGCUCGGUCGACAAGUACGCCGCCGUGUACACGCGGCUCGGCUACAAAGACGUCGUCGUUGUGCAAAACUCGAUGCUCGACUUCUUCAAGCCGUCGGUCCACGCCGAGACGGCGGCGCGACUGCGGCAGCUCGGCAACGACUGCGCGUUCGUGCC